UCCAUUUUGCUCAUUUGCAAUGAAUGUGCUGUUGAAAAGUUAUGCAGGCAUAAGACGAAGCUGCAGUUCAUUUGGAAGCAACGCAUUUAAUAUCAAUUGAUAUUCAUUUUGGGAUGUUUUUCAUCAACUAUUUUGGUACUUUUCUGAUAUUGCACUUCUAAUAAGAGAGUGUAUGAGCCAUGGAUCAGAACAGCAGCAGUGGGAACCUGAUUCUAAUUGAUAGCGACCCCAGGGUGUUGAGGGUGAAGACUGCCAUAGUGCAAAUGCUGGUGUGGUUCUUUAUUUACAUCGACAUCUUCAUGCUCUUCACCUUCUUCAGUAAGCAGGCUUUCCGGGGCACCGCACGCUACAUCCUGUUUGCUCACACCCUGCUGGUGGACUCUGUACUCCUGCUGGUCACUGACCUGGUGGUGCUGCUUGGCUACUUCAACGUGCUUAUACCUGUCAGUUACUGCAUCGUGUUCUGCGUUCUCAUAGGGAUCACCAUUAGAAACACGCCUUACACCAUCACUGCUAUGUGCCUGGAGCGCUACGUGGCCAUCUGCAUGCCGCUUAGACAUGCCAGCAUCUCCACCACUGGCAAGACCAUGGCUGCCAUCGCUGUCGUCUGGGCAUGCAGCUCGGUCAAAGUCAUGAUGGACCUCGCCAUCCUCGUUGUUAUGGCCCCACCGGGCUACUUUGCCAAGCCCACUUCAUGCCAGUACCACAUCUUGCUGUUGACUGAGUGGCACAAUGCCAUGCAUGUCAUCUUAAAUGAGAUGAUCUUUGGUAUUAUUAUGGUGAUCUUGCUGUUCUGCUACACCAAGAUCAUGCUGGCAGCUCAGACUGCCUCUGGAGAUAAUAAGCAGUCUGUGUCAAAGGGGCGACGCACGCUCCUGUUUCACGGCCUGCAGCUCAUUCUGUGCAUGGCUGAAAUGUGGUCCCCCUUUAUACUGGCUGCUGCUCAGAAGCAAAGUCAACACUUGUACCUGACCAUCAGAUUCUUCGUUUUCAUUGCUUUAACCAUUAUCUCAAGGGCCCUGAGUCCCCUUAUCUAUGGCCUUCGGGAUAAAAAGUUUUGCCUUGCCCUGAAAUAUUACAUGAGCUGCAAGGUGUACCGCUCUCUGGAGAAACGUAGCAGCUUAGAAUGAAUGUGUACUCCCAAAAAAGGAUUAAACAAAAAUGCAGAAAUUUGAUAAGUUUGCAUGAGUUUUAAUGAAGAGGUGAUAUAAAAUGUCAACCCUAAAUUACUGUGUAUUACAAGAUUUGCAUCUUCUAGUUCCAAUCAUUUUCUAUUGUAUAAAUUUCAUUUAAACAAAAAUGAGCCAGGAUCCCCUUCUACAUUUCAAAAUUGCAGUUCAUAAAACCUGUACCUUCCAACCAGCAUUUUUCAAGUCCAAAGAGUUUCGUUUUUAGU